AUGGGCAGCACGGGGCAGCAGCGGCGGUCAGCCAAGGCACUGGCUGACAGGGCCCAGUGGCGCAGCCGAGUGCGCUCAGAAUGCAUGCAGCGCGUCAAGGACCAGCGAGCCGACCUGCUCUGGCGCCUACGCCAGGAGGGCGGCGGGGGCAACCCUCAGGUUGACGUGAAGCUGGUGCUCGCCGACAUCAUUGCUGAUGUCAGCACCGCUGAUGUCGUGCACUGCAACCCAGCCGCCGGCGAGGAGCCGGCUGCAGCUGCUGCACCGGAGGACAGCCUCAUGGACGAUGACUUCACAGACACCGCGCCGCAGCCAGGGAAGCCGGUGCCGAACAUUUUGGAUGGGGCGUUUGGGCUGGGAGCCGCGGAGUAUGAGGAGCUGAUGCGGUCGCUGGAGGAAUCGCUGUUUGAGGACAUGCGGCGCGACGAGGCGGCGUUCCUGGCAGAGCACGAACGCUGGGAGUCGGCCGCCGCUGACUCUGACCUCUCCAUGCUCGUAGAUCUCCAUGCGGAGGGGCCCAGCACCUCGGGCCGCAUUCCGUGCCCGGUGUGCCGUAACGGGCACCUAAUGGAGCACAACGGCGUCGUUCUGUGCAGCGGCUGCGACCUGCGCAUGGACCUUCGAGUGGAAGGUCUCACAUUGGACGACAUCAGGCAGCGGCUGGCAAAUGUGCUGGAUGGCCAUGCGCUACAAGGAUGCCACAGGCAGCCACGAUUCGUGCUGGACACGGCUCUGAUGGGAGAUGCGCCAUCGCUGCUCAUGCAGUGUGAAGCCUGCAGCUCGCUGCAUGUUGUGGUCUGAUGCUCGGCCGCGGAUCAUGCACACUUGCUGACAGCAGCUGAUGGAUCAAUUGCAAAUCGUGCUUUGCUUUUGCUGAGACAUUGUAGCUUUUCAGCAUAGGGCAGGCCCGUGCAUGUAGUGUAGAGAGCUGCAUGAAAGCAUGCACAAGGCAGAACAGGCGAGAAUGCGGUGGAGGCCGUGCUGAAGUAUUCUACUGUAGUAUUACUACGUAGCGGUGAAUAUGCAAAUGUGUAGGUCCAGUCAUUUUUUGGGGCCGUUCCUUGCAAGUCGAUAAUAACUGGCUGGUUAUCUACCUUACAGUUAUUUUGUUGGCAGCUCACGAUGAUCCUGCUCAAUCUAUAUGUUGUUAUUGUCUUUUUUUUCCUUACAAUUUGCUAUUUCCUGCCCAAGGCAAGGUGUACGUGCGUCUGCAGACAAGCUGCAGGUACAGGUUGCCGCAUAUGGUGCAAUCCUACCCCUUGAUGGACUUGCCAAAAUCAAGCAAGAUCCAACCAUCCAUGGGUACUUGAGAGCUGGAAGAGACUUCCCACGAUUAUUGCAGCUCUCUACAUUUAAUGCUCCAGUACUAUUCAACAGCGCCGAAUUCAUGAGCCCUCCUUCGACACGGGUUCGAAACAAGCGACACAAAAUCUUGUGCUCAGCGCUUGCUUCUGAUCAACACUUGGGUGCCAUGGCCAGGCAACUUUUGCAUCCACAUUUGUGGACUAAAAGGAGCUCAAUUUGCUCAUUAUGGUAUGUGUGCAUGCCAUCACAACAAUCUAGCAUGCACAUGCAAGUGCUCUAACCCAAUACAAGUCAAGAAGUUUGCUUUCUCGGUGGCAACCAUCCGUAGGGCCUAUAGUCAUUGAACUCUUAGGACUCUGAAGAUAGACUUUGUGGGGAGAAAAGAAACUGUCGUGAAGUCUUGGGUGCCUGUGGCAUGCUUCGCGAGAUCUGGACGUUGCUCCCGGGACGUGUGCCUGAUCCCUGUCUUUUUAGCAGCCACCCAUCGCUCGCCGC